CCUGCUUGGACGUGCAUCGUUUCAAGGCAACCGGACACUCUGGGCUUCCUGCCAUCUUUGUCUCCCACAGGUGACGUCAUGAUGCCGGCAGUCGGUACCCCAUCAUCUCUUUCUGGUGGCGAAGGGGGAACGGAGGCCGUGGGACCCCAUGAGGGUCUGGUGAGCUUUGAGGAGCUGUCUGUGUCUUUCACGGAGGAGGAGUGGGCGCUGCUGGAUCCGGACGAGAGAGCUCUGCAUCAGGAAGUCACGGAGGAGAUCUGUGGGAUCGUGGCCUCUCUGGUGGCCGCACACUGGGUGGGCCUUUUCAUCAAGCUGUCCACCCAAGCCCCAAGAUCUCUUUCUUCUACGGUCGCCACCAGUUUAGAUCUGAUGGACCAGGAGAGAAUAAGAACAGGAGCAAUGCACAAGAUGACCAGGAAACCCUCUGCUUUUCAUGGCCACAGUGAAACCCCAGUACAGGAAAACGUAGCUGAACUAAUGGAAAUAAAUCAGUAUUCUGUGCGUAGGACAAGCUUUGAUUCUCAAUCAAGUCUUAAAAGCCAUUGUAAAACUCACAGAGAUGACAACUCAUUAAAAUGCUUGGAGUGUGGAAAGAGUUUCACUAGAAGCACACACCUUAGUUGUCACACAAGUCACACAGGGGGAAUACCAUGUGAAUGUGCAGAGUGUGGAAAUUGCUUCAGUGAGAAGAUACAAAGCACUUCUCAUCAAAGAAUUCAUACAGGGGAGAAUCCAUAUGAAUGUGCAGAGUGUGGAAAACACUUCAGUCAGAGUUCGAGCCUCACUUCUCAUCAAAGUAUUCAGACGGGGGAUAAACCAUAUGAAUGUGCAGAGUGCAGAAAUUGCUUCAGUGAGAAGAUACAAAGCACUUCUCAUCAAAGUAUUCACACAGGGGAAAAACCAUAUGAAUGUGCAGACUGUGGAAAGCACUUCAGUCGGCGUUCAAGCCUCACUUCUCAUCAAAGAAUUCACACAGGGGAGAAACCAUAUGAAUGUGCAGACUGUGGAAAGCACUUCAGUCAGAGUUCAAGCCUCACUCGUCAUCAAAGAAUUCACACAGGGGAGAAAUCAUAUGAAUGUGCAGACUGUGGAAAGUGCUUCAGACGGAGCGCACACCUCACUUCUCAUCAAAGAAUUCACACAGGGGAGAAACCAUAUGAAUGUGCAGACUGUGGAAAGCGCUUCAGAUGGAGCACACACCUCACUUCUCAUCAAAGACUUCACACAGGGGAGAAAUCAUAUGAAUGUGCAGACUGUGGAAAGUGCUUCAGACGGAGCGCACACCUCACUUCUCAUCGAAGAAUUCACACAGGGGAGAAACCACAUGAAUGUGCAGAGUGUGGACAGCGCUUCAGUCACACGGCAAGCCUCACUUCUCAUCAAAGUAUUCACACGGGGGAGAAACCAUAUGAAUGUGCAGACUGUGGAAAGAGCUUCAGUCAGAGUUCAAGCCUCACUUCUCAUCAAAGAAUUCACACAGGGGAGAAACCAUAUAGCUGUGCAGAAUGUGGAAAGCGCUUCAGUCAGAGUUCAGUCCUCACUUCUCAUCAAAGAAUUCACACAGGGGAGAAACCAUUUGAAUGUGCAGAGUGUGGAAAGCGCUUCCGUCAUGGCGUAAGCCUCACUCAUCAUCAAAGAAUUCACACAGGAGAGAAACCAUAUGAAUGUGCAGAGUGUGGAAAGUGCUUCAAACGCAGCACACAACUCACUUCUCAUCAAAGAAUUCACACAGGGGAGAAACCAUAUGAAUGUGCAGAGUGUGGAAAGAGCUUCAGUCGGAGAACACAACUCACUUCUCAUCAAAGAAUUCACACAGGGGAGAAACCAUAUGAAUGUGCAGAGUGGGGAAAGCGCUUCAGUCAGAGCACACACCUCACUUCUCAUCAACCAAUUCACACAGGGGAGAAACCAUAUGAAUGUGCAGACUGUGGAAAGUGCUUCAGACGGAGCACACACCUCACUUCUCAUCAAAGAAUUCACACAGGGGAGAAACCAUAUGAAUGUGCAGACUGUGGAAAGUGCUUCAGACGGAGCGCACACCUCACUUCUCAUCAAAGAAUUCACACAGGGGAGAAACCAUAUAGCUGUUCAGAAUGUGGAAAGCGCUUCAGUCAUAGUUCAGUCCUCACUUCUCAUCAAAGAAUUCACACAGGGGAGAAACCAUUUGAAUGUGCAGAGUGUGGAAAGCGCUUCCGUCACGGCGUAAGCCUCACUUAUCAUCAAAGUAUUCACACAGGGGAGAAACCAUAUGAAUGUGCAGAGUGUGGAAAGUGCUUCAGUCAGAUGAUACAACUCACUUCUCAUAAAAAAAUUCACAGACGGGAGAAACCAUAUGACUGUGCAGAGUGUGGAAAGAGCUUCAGUCGGAUAACACAACUCACUUCUCAUCAAAGAAUUCACACA